AUGUCAAGUUUCCGCUACACUCUCGUCGCUUGGGGCGCGGUCGAACGUUUCCCGCAACCUCUCGUCACUUGGGGCGCGGUGUGCGAAGUAACGGACGCUCCCAGCUGUCGCCCAUUUCACGCAGGCGAUGACUGCGUCGGCUCCGUAGUGGUUUCAGCUAUUACGCCGUGCGGUAAAGUCGAUCGACAAUGCGACGUUCGGCAUCAACUGUGUCGCUCGUCGCUUUCGACAUCCUUUCGAAAUUGCGGCGGGCUGAGUGUAGGACCA